AUGGAAGUUAAGAGAAAAAUAAUCCUAUGCUUAUUGAUUGCCAUCACAAUGGGGUGCUACAGAAUUGAAGGGAGAGACCCUACACUCCACAGGGUUGGAGGAGGAAGGUAUACUUGGUCCCCAAAAGUUAACUUCACAAAGUGGGCAAGUCAUGAACACUUCUACAAGGGUGACUGGCUAUAUUUUGGUUUUGACAAGCGCAUCUAUAAUGUUUUGGAGGUGAAUAAAACAAACUACGAGAAUUGUAUUGACACGGGCUUCAUAGAAAAUAUCACAAGAGGAGGGAGAGAUGUUUUCCAGCUUUUAGAGGCAAGGCACUAUUAUUUCAUAUGUGGCAGAGGCUUUUGCUCACAAGGAAUGAAACUCCUAAUAGAUGUUAAGGAACCCACAACAACACUGCCACCUCCAAUAUUGCCCAACAAGGCCCUUCUAAAUAGAUUGAGUAAUACGCUCAUGCUUGUGGUCACCAUUUUGGCAUGGAUCUUCAUAUAG